AUGGAUCAUAUACAUUUCCUGAUGUUUAACCUUGAUAAGUUUGAUGAUUGGAAAGUUCGGAUGCAUGCUCAUCUUUCGGCAAUCCAUGAUGAAAUGUGGGACAUUAUAACUAUCGGACUAAUUGAAAUCUUGGAGGUAAAUCCAAACCGAGCUGUUGAAGGACCAGAAGCAGUUGAGAUGAGACCCAAGGCAAAGUCCUCUUUGACCACAAAAGAGAGGAGUCGUGCAAAUCUUGACAAUAUUGCACGAGACAUUCUCUACAAGGCACUAGACGAAUUGUUAUUCCCACGAGUCAGAAAAUGCAAGACCGCCAAAGAAAUAUGGGAUACUCUCAUGCAGAUUGGCGAAGGAGAUGAACAAGAGAAAGACAAUAAGCUCACCAUCGCCAUGAAGAAGUUCGAGGACUUCAAACUAGGAACAAGGGAAUCCAUAUCCGAUAUGGAAGUACGAUUCAUGAAGUUGCUGACUGACAUUGAAGAUUUAGAUAAAAAGAAGCUUACACAAAAGGAGAUCAACUUAAAGAUACUCCGAGGACUCCCCAAAAGCUGGGAAAUGAAGGUCAUUGCAAUGUGA